AUGGAGCGCUGCGCGCCGCCGGCACCUGUUGCGGUACGGCGAGUUCUUCCCCCGUUCGUUCUCUCCGUGUCUUUGACGCCGCCCGCCCCGGGACGGAGGAUGCGGGCCGUGGUGCUGAUGGCCGCGCUGGCCGUGCUGGCAGUGAACCGUGCGGCCGCCGGGUCCUCGCCCAACGCCACGGAGCCGCAGCGGCACGAGGAGCGGCAGCCCGGGAGCCGUGAGGGCGAUUCCGUGCCGGGCCCUGACUACGAAGAGGAUGAAGAGGAGUACGAGGAGGCGCCACCUGUCCACCAGUACAUCGUGGACGACUUGAUCCGAGUUGAACCUGUGGUUAAACCCAAGCCAGCAAAGAGGGGGGGAGAGAAGAAUGCUGGCAAAUCAAGAAGGAAGAAAAACAAAGGGAAAAACAAGAAGAAAGGGACUCCGUGUGAAAUGGAAUACAAAAACUUUUGCAUCCAUGGAGAAUGCAUAUACCUAGAACAUCUCCAGAUGGUGACCUGCAAGUGUCAUCAGGAUUUUUUUGGUGAGCGCUGUGGUGAACAGUUCAUGAAGACUCAGAGGAAGAAUGAUGUGGCAGACUACUCAAAGACUGUGUUGGUAGUGGUAGCUGUCCUGCUCUCGAGCAUCAGCUUCAUUACUGUACUUAUCAUUGUGAUAGUGCAGGUCAGGAAAAAGUGUCCUCAGUAUGAAGAGAAAGAAGAAAGGAAAAAACUCCGGCAAGAAAACAGAAAUGGCCAUGUUGGUGUGUAA